CCGUCAUAUCCAUCGUCCACCGCCAUAGAAUCGAUAUCCAAGUCUUCGAAAGCCGAUGGCGGGUCGCCAACCUCAAUCGCCUUCUCGAAUUCCACACGACGGACGAGCUUCUCACAGUCUGCUAGCUUCAGUUUCGCAUCGCGGUUGUUGGGUUCCCGCUUGACAACGGCCUUGAAGUCUUUCAGGGCCUCGCGGUGGUUAAGGAUAGCGGUGUUGGCAAGGGCGCGCCUCCAGUAUGCCUAUAAUCCGUCAGAGCUGUCCAUAUUUCUUCCCAUAUUUCCUUGCCAGAAUCUCUCCCUCUCUUAUCUCCAGCCCAGUGAAUGCCCGAAAUACUAACCUUGAUAUAACCCGGAUCAAGCUCCAACGCCUUCGUAGCAUCCACAAUGGCAAACCCAUGCGCCUCGAGUUUAAUAUGCGCCUAUACCGAUUAGCUUUUGAUCAUCCAUUCGUCUGCAGCCACCCGUCCGAAUCCCGAAUCCAAGUCGCAUACCUGAGCGCGAUUGCUGAAGUACGACGGCUCCUUGUCAUAUUUCUCAAUCGCCUUUGUGUAGAAGUCCACAGCAGCCGGCCAUUCGUGCUGAGCAAAGGCUUUGUUUCCUUGCACCUUGAGUGCGUUGGCGGUCUCGAUGUCCGACAUGGUAGGAGGGGUGAGGAGGGGUCACGAGACAGGAGGACUAGACAGGGCAAUGGAAUAAUAAAAGGGAGGAAACCAAAGCCUCCGGGAUAAAUGAAAGACCAGAAGAAUAUAAAGAAAAACAAGAAGAAUACAGAAAAAAAAAAAAAAAAAGAGAGAACGUAGCCUAUGUUCCU